AUGGAGUCCUCAGGAUCGAAGCCUGCCGUUCCCGCCUGGGCCGCACAGCUUCAGUCUCCGCCGCCCGCCCGCAGCAAGGUGCCGGGCAUCCCGGACCCUCUGGGCUUCUCCGCCAGCACGCCCAGCUCCAAGAAAAAGGAUGGCAGCAAACCGCCGUCGCGCAAGGCCCCAACGCAGGAGGAAAUGGAGACGCUGAAGCUCAAAAAGGCGUGGGAGGUGGCACUCGCCCCCGUCAAGUCGCUGCCCAUGACGGCCAUUAUGAUGUACAUGUCGGGCAACUCGCUACAGAUCUUCAGCAUCAUGAUGGUGUUUAUGGCUUUCAAGAACCCCUUGGUGGGCUUGAUGAGCACCAACCAGGCUUUCGAGAGGUUCCAGACCGAGGGCAACACAGCCAAGUUGUUGCAGACAAAGCUCGUCUACGUGGCCAUGCAGCUCGUGGCAUUGGCCGUGGGCAUUUGGAAGAUCAAUGCCAUGGGCCUUUUACCGACAACACGAUCGGAUUGGUUGAUGUGGGAGUCACAGAGGGCAACUGCAGAUCGGACGGUAACGGCACUAUAG